AUGAAGACAUUCCUCUUUCUCUUUGCAGUUCUCUGCUUCCUGGUCCCAGCCAGGAGUGCAUUCUUUGAUGAGAAAUGCUACCAUCUUAAAGGGAGAUGCAAGAAAUCUUGUCAGAAAAAUGAAGAAUUUGUUGCUCUCUGUGGGAAGUCUCUGAAAUGCUGUUUGAUACUACAGCUAUGUGGACAGAGUAAAGAAAAAUGGUUAAGAUUUAAGACUCAGACUUCCCAGAGCGACAUGCAUGCUCCAGCUUCGUGUUCUUUUUAUUCUCGUCUUUUCAUUACGAAGACACUUCAAUAA